AUGCGAGGUAAAGUACAUCGAGACUCUUUACAGUUUGAUCCAGAAAUAGAGAAAACUGGAAAGAAAAAUCGAAAGCAAGCCAAGCAAAGAAAGCAAGAAACAUCUUCAAGUUCUAAGCCACACACAGAACCAAUAGAUGCCAACAACUAUGACAUCCAACUGUCGCUGAUUACCUUGGUGGAGAAGACUCUUUUUGGUGUAGAAGAUUACGAAGAUCCUCAUGACUUUAUGGACAGAUUUCUGAGAAUCUCUGACACCACUAAGCAUCAUGGAGUGUCUGAUGAUGCAAUCAGACUCAGGCUGUUUCCUUUUGCUUUGACCAGAAAAACUCUCAGAUGGUUAGAUCGACAAGCUCCUAACAGUAUCCGAACAUGGGAUGAUUUAGCAGCUAAGUUCUUUGCUAAGCAUUUUUCUCGGGAAAAGUACAAUAAGUUGGUCAGAGUCUUCUACAAUAGGAUGACACUCGACUCCAGGAUGGUUGUCAACGGUGCAGCCGAUAGAACCAUAGGAAGGAAGACAGCAGCUGAAACUCUGGAACUGAUUGAUUACAUGGCGAGAACCGAGAAUGCUUCAAUGGAAGUUCAGCCAGUUAAACCCAAGAGAGGAAUCUUACAACUGGGGAACAAUGAUGCGUCACUAGCUGAGCACAAGGUUAUCUCUCAACAGCUAGCCAGUCUGAAUGCCAAGCUCGACAAGAUGCAGAUCUCAACAUCUAAAGUUAAUGUAUUUAACUGCCACCACAGAAUACCCAAAGUUACCAGAGGAAUCAGAAUGGCGGCCAAGGGAAACUUUCAGAGGAGAAAUCAAGGUGGAGGCCUGGAUUACAACUCCAACAAUUAUCUGCAACCUUCUCCUCUUCCACAUAAUGAGCCAUCUGAACUAGAGAAAGCAAUGUUGCAGCUUUCCAAGACCACAAAUGAUCACAUGCAGACUACUAAUGCCUUCAUUAAUGAGACAAGAGCCUACCAUAAGAAUCAAGAUGCAUCCAUCAGAAACUUAGAGACUCAAAUAGGCCAACUUUCAAGACAACUUGCUGAGAGGAGUCAAGGAACAAUCUCUAGUGAUACCAUUGUGAAUUCAAGGGAGCACUGCAAUGCCAUCACUACUAAAAGUGAGGAGCUAGAAAAAGAGAAAGCGGAAGUUUCUACAGACAAGAAUGAGCACAUCCAAGAAGGCAAAGAAAAAGCAAAAGAGCAACUUCCUGCAGUUCAAAAGAAGCAAUGGGAUUUCUCUCAUUUUGAGAAACCUCAAUAUCCUAUGAAGCUCAAACAACAUGAACAAAGGAAACAAUUUUCUAAAUUUUUAGAUAUUUUUAAGAAAUUGCAAAUUAACAUUUCUUUUGCAGAAGCUCUAGAGCAAAUGCUUUCGUAUACCAAAUUCUUGAAGGAGAUAUUAUCUAAGAAGCGGAAGCUCACAGAGUAUGAACCUGUCAUAUUAACAGAGGAGUGCAAUGUGAUCCUAUAG